AUGAGACAUCAAGUGCUAGCUCUAGGAGUGCCAGGAUACUUCCGAAAUCCAGACCGAAGUAGAUUUCUGCUCCUCACUCUCUGCUUUUUCUCCCCCAUCAUCCUCAACAUGUCUGGCGCAGCAGCAUCUGCAGGAGCUUCAAAGUUCACUGCCUUCAUGAACCAUCCUGCGGGACCGAAAACCGUCUUCUUCUGGGCCCCUCUCAUGAAGUGGUGCUUGGUUGCCGCUGGACUCAAGGAUUUGACCCGUCCAGCCGACAAGUUGAGCGUAUCGCAAAACACGGCUCUUGCCGCAACUGGGUUCAUAUGGGUCCGUUAUUCACUCGUCAUCACCCCUAUUAACUACAGUCUCGCCGCGGUGAACUUCUUUGUCGGUCUUUCAGGAUUGUCCCAGCUGGGACGAAUUGCUCAUUAUCGGAUGACUCAUCCAGAGGCCCAGAGGUCCUCGUAG